AUGCCAAUUGAAACAUCUAGUGCUAUAUCAUUAAAAGGUUCUGCUGAAUUAUUAACCGAUUAUUUUUUUUAUGCAUUAAAUAGUAUAUUAUAUCAACGUGGUAUCUAUCCAUCGGCAUCAUUUAAACAAAAUAUUAAAUAUGAUUUAAGUGUACUUGUUACAACGGAUGAAAAUCUUAUUAAAUAUUUAAAUGUUAUAUUAAAUCAAGUUAAAAAUUGGUUAGAAGAUGGUAGUGUACAUCGACUUGCAUUAAUUAUUAAAUCAGUAAAAACUGAUGAAGUAUUAGAAAGAUGGCAAUUUGAUAUGACAACUGAAAAAAUAGAUACUAGUAAUUCAGUUGGAACAAAAUCUUUAGCACAAAUACAAAGUGAAAUUCAAGGUGUUAUACGUCAAAUUGUUGCUUCAAAUACAUUUUUACCAGUAUUAAAUAGUUCAUGCACAUUUGAAUUACUAGUCUAUGCUGAUCGAAAUGUAAAUGUUCCUACUUCUUGGGAGGAAACUGGUCCACAAUUCAUUGUUAAUUCGACAGAGAUCAAAUUACGCUCAAUUUCUACAACAUUACAUAGAGUUGAUCAUACCGUCUCAUAUAAACGUUCAAUUUGA